CAGCGGCGCUUUUAAAUGUUCCUUUAUCAACGCUUCCUUGUUUCUGUUACUAGUACUACAGCGUCAACAAAAGCAAACGAAUGCAGCACUGCUAGUCAGUUGUUGUUGUUUUAAACAAGUCUCAUAUAAAUGUAUUAUUUGUCUGCAAAAUGUCUUUAGUGCGGAUGAACCGUCAUUUGUAUGGUCCGGGUAGAAGACCAGUGCGAACUAAGAAGGUGUCUGCACCCAAGAAAGAAUGGGUGAGCACAGUCAAUGAUCUUUCAGUGCAUAAAGCCACACCAGAGGAACUAGCCAGACGUCGUGAGAUGCACAGGUCUCAGAACAGGGUAGUGGCACAGUGGGAAUUAAGAGAAAAGGCAUCAUCACGCAGGAGAAAGAAGAAUCAACCCCCCAGCCCAGCAGGACUUGAUAAAGCCCGACAUAACAUCAUCAGAGAGGUAUUUUCUGAUCAAUGCCAGUUGCGGGAUGUUAUUGAACGGUCAGACAGAGCUUUGGCUGUAGUGAAAGACCUGUUUGGUGAUGCACCCCAUCGGCGCACAGGGUUUCCCACCAUUACCAUAGCACCUGACUGUGACUCCGAUUCUGAGCUUCCUGUUCAUCAAAGACCGGAUCCUCCAACACAACUGUCAUUGCUCAGCCAGUCUAUGAUGGAUCAACAGGCUUUAAAUGAAUUGGAGGAAUAUGAAGAGGAAUAUGAUGAUGAAGAAGUCCAGGAUACCUCAGUACACCGCAGUUAUGCAGCUGAAAUGCGCAGGAAGAGAAAUAAAUGUAGGUUUAAGUCUUUCCCACGUGGCUCAGAAAAUCUGGAGCCGAAGCUACCAAAGACAAGACAUCCAGAAGACCAGGCUGCCCUUAAUGCAACAAUGGCUGUAAAACGGAUAAAAUCCAGGCAGAACCAACCUGAUUUAAACCAGUCUACAUUUUCGGUUAACCAGGUUUUAAACCCUGAGUCUGCUUCCUCAAAAUCAGGUCCUAAGGUUAGAUUGACCAGUAGAGGGCACACUGGAAAUCCCACUAGUCUGAAUGGCACAAAAUUGAGUUCUUUGGCAGGGAACCAGUCUAGUCUGGAGCUUCUGCAGAGUAUGCUAGAGCAAGUAGAGACUGAGCUGGACUCUCUAGAACCCCAGAACCCUCGAAACUCUGAAGCUGAACCUCAUCAGGGGAAACAGGGCCUGACCGGCUUCUCUGUGGCUUUAGUAUCUACGCUUGGGCGUCUGGCAAGUCAUAUCAGAAAAAAAGAGGAGGAGUUUCAAAAGGAGGCAGAGGAGAGAAGAAAGCUUGAGGAGGUUGUGAAGGAACAGAGGGCUUUGAUUGAUGCCCUCACUGUGGAGUCACUCACAAUCAGAGAGGAGACCGCUACCCUACAGGCAAGGCUUCAGCAGCAGGUAUCUAAACUGGAGCAGCGUCUGGAUGCUGUAGUCCUGGUUAUGGGAGAACCAGAUUCUGCAACUAAGAUCUUGGACAACACAGCUCAAACAGGCAGGUAUGAAGAGUCUGGAUGUAUUGAAAAAGAUCAACGUGCAAAGCAACAGGACACCAUCACUACAGCCGUUUUACUCUCUCCUCCUCGGCAACGAGAUGGUCUGCCCCCUGCAGUGUUUCAUCCACGUUCGCUCAUAUCCCCGCUGACUUACAGUGGCGUCUGCAAUGCAGCAGGAAGUCAAAGUUCACUUGAGGACUUGGACAUCCCCUGCUCUCCUUCCUCCUUUGCCAGCUUGCCACGCCCCACUUCGCUUCUGGACUAUUUUUCCCAGGAUGCCAUGAUAGGAGAGAUGGUAGGCUUGACACGUCACAAUGCAGAUAUUCGGGCCCAGCUGGAUCAAAGCCGCCCAUCUCCAACUGGAGCUUCAGUAUCGAGAGUCCAGAGUGCGCAUCUGACCACAACAAGUUCUCUAGUUAGACAAGAAUCACCCUGUACAGAGCAACCACUUAGACAGCAGGCUGUUUGUGUACAGAGAUCUUCAACGACAGAGAUUGAACAGAAACUGCAGGAGUUGAACCGACAAAGCGCAGAAGCUCGAGCUAAACUACUAGAGCUCAUUGAGCAACAGAAACCGAGCUCGUCCCUCAGAGUUUCACCUGCAAUUUCUCCAGUACCACCUCAUUCCAUCAGCACUCAUACAGCUGUUAAAGGGUUAACUGCAGAACCAUUUCUGACACGUCCUGAGAGGAACCAUUCUCCACAGUCCACUGGAAGCAGCAGAACGUCAGCUGAAAGAGUUUCACCGCAAAGUUUAGACAGCGUGGAAAUCCAGAGCAUUCAGAAUCAGAUGGGCAAGGUGAAAAGAGAAGGCUGGUUUGCGUUGUCUGCUCAUGUCAAAUAACUUGAGUUCAGCAAAAGGACAAGUUACAGAAAAUGUUACAUUUACAAUCACUUUAGCAUCCCCAUUUAAAUGUUUUAGGUCUCCUUCACAGCAUAUAUGGCUCAUGUUUUUUAACAUCAGAAGUAUGAGGGUCCCUAGUGUGUGUUUGUUAAUCUCAUUUUGUUCACAAAUGCAUGAGAAUAGGGUUGGGUUAGAGAAUAAACAAUCAGGACUGUGUUGUGAUGGUUAUAUAUUUAAUAUUAUUAGUAAUAUUAAUCUUGUUUGGAGAAAUAACAUUCACUCAGAGAUGUUUUUCAGACGUGCUAAAUGAAGUAUAAGGAUUACAUGACUCAAAAUAUCAUUGUGCAUGUAAACACACUGACUGACUGAAACACACUGUAAUGUAUUGUUUCUUUGUUUUAGGAAGUUCACAAUGCCGCAAUAAAUUUUAGAUAAUGAAAUACUUUAUUGUGUUGGCAUAAUUUUUUUGAUCAACAACCCACAAUGUGACACAUUGGUGCUUAAAAAUAUCAGAAGUGUUGUACACAUUUGAUUUUCAGUUCAUAAUACCGCUGCAAAAAUAAGUAUUUAAAAAUGCAAUACUAUUUCAUU